GAGUGCAAAACUGCUACUGGUACGAUAACCGGUAGUAGGAGUACCCGAAUCCGUGCUCGUACUGUUCCCUCCCGUGCUUCCCCGGCUAGCAUAGGACGUCAUGUCGCUACGCCGGACGUUAUCCCCCCAUGUUCAGCUGGAUGAGCAGGCUCUGAGGAGGAGGGAGCACAAUACUCGGGAGAGGCCGAGUGUUUACUCCAGGUCUCGUAACUCUCAGUCUUCGUUCCGGUCUGGCCCGUCACGUCCUUCCAGGGCCACUUCCGGUGCCAGAACACCCAUUGAUCCGUGCUCGCCAAGAGCCAGUGUUUCUGCUCUGCACCUACAGCAUCUGCUGGAAAACCUGGAACUUGAUCAGUACAACACAUACGGCGUUGAAGAGCUUCGGGAUGGUUUCUUCGAUGCAUCCUUUUAUCGCCCCAUUGAACAGAAUUCUGGCGAAGACGGAGAAGCGGAGCCUCUCCUUCCACCGGAAAUUUCUACUUUCAAGCGCCCUUGGUCGCCAAGGACCCUUAUCUACUCUCUCGUUGAGGAUGUCAGGUUCUUUUUCCGCUUAACGUUUAGGACUGAACAGGGUUUUUCUCUCGCAAAAUCUUUUCUCGCCUACUUUGUGGGGUACAUAUUGUGUUUGGUGCCCCAGAGUCGGGCGUGGCUGGGCAGGUAUUCAUACUGGAUCACUGUUGCCAUUCUUUUCAAUCACCCUGGGCGCACACUUGGCGCACAGGUUGAUGCAACUGUGGCGUGCUCGAUAGGAGCGGUGUUUGGUUUGGCGGUUGGCAGCCUUUCCCUUGAGGUGGCUAGCUCUCCUCGUAAUACUCAGGUUGGUCGUGGUGGGGUAAUAGCCGUAUUUUGGGUGAUAUUUAUUGGUGCCGCUAGCUGGAUUAGAUGUUCACUCGUGAAGCUCUAUCAAUUAAUGAUUAGCGUCGGAUUGGCCAUUAUAUUUCUUUGCCUUGUUGGCUCGGACGCGCUAGAUAGCACGGGUGACUGGGAUCGAGGUGUUCUUUGGGAAUUUGGAAUGCCUUGGGUAGUUGGUUUGGGGAUUUGCUUGAUUAUCAAUAUUAUCAUCCGGCCAGAUGCUGGUGGGAAGGCUGUAGCGUAUGACAACCAAUUUCUAUUUAAAUUUCAUCAUUUAUUGGGUUUGUGGAUUAGAGUUGCGUGUAUCUCUCCGCCCAUGUCUCUUAUUCUUUCGGCCUUCACUGAUACCUAGCAGGGGAGCAUUACAUAAAGCAGUCAUCUCCGCUAUAGGUGGCCUGGUUCUACCUAGACCCUAUUCCCCCACUACUCAUCGAAAUAUGAAUUUACAGCUCGUUAAUCUCUCCGAAGCAAUCAGAGAUAUGCGGGGGGAGAUCGUUAUCUCCUAUUUGAGGCCCGGCGACGCAGAGCAACUGCGGAAUUUUAUGCAGGCUGUAAUUAGAGACAUUAUGGCCAUUAAACCAGAUGGAAAUUUGUUUGAAGACCAGUCCUCUCGUGGGGCGGGGAUGAGUGGGGGUGUCGGUCAGUCGGGCCAUUCCAUCGUGAUUGAAAUCGAACCCCCCGGCGUGAGAAGUGCGGGGGCAUCAUCUCUUGCCACUUCGACGGAGGAUCAUUUGAAGAUUGUAAGGGAGACGAUGGAAGUACCUGCAAGAGAGCUGAUCAGUGCAAUGACUGAAGUGCUGCUUGGAUGCGAUAAGGAGCUGAUGGGCUAUGCUGGACAUAAGAAACUACUAGGAUCCUUAGAGGGUUAUCGCGGUAUUAGCCUUGGAUCUGCGAGAGAUCGUCUCCUCGAGACCAUGCGUGUCUUUGACGAAUCUGAUAUAUCCUUAAUUGGUCAUCAGAGUCUUCCGUCCUCAUACUCCGCUCACCCCGAACUUGUUGAAAUGUUUCUGUUCAUUCACCCACUUCGCCAGACUGCAGAUUCCGUAGAGAAGCUGGCCGACCGUGUGCUCCGAAUAGUGAGCAUGCAAAGGCGCAAACGAAUAUUCCUUCCGUCGUACCCUCUGCAAAAAGCACUAUACCGAACAAAUCCUCAGGUCCGUCACGACCGCGGGGGCCUAACAGCAGGCUACUACUUCAAAAACAAGCAAAAUAUAGAAAAAGCGAUGGAGACAUAUCAAGCAAAGUCGUUCGUUCCAUCCCCCACGUCCCCCAUCGCAGGGGGCGAGAGGACUCCAGAAACCGGACCGGAAGCCACGGGUUCCAACCCGCCCACAUCAGCAGAACCCCGGGCGUUCCGGUACAGAGCCUGGCGAGUACUGCAUAGACUCCAGCAAUGGGAGACGAGAUUUGCAUUCAAGGUCGUCUUUGUAACAAUUGCCUUGAGCAUACCGGCUUGGGUGGAGAGCAGCCGUGUGUGGUAUCUGGAGAAUGAGUGUUGGUGGUCGGUGAUUGCGGCUUGGUUCAUGAUGCAUCCACGUGUAGGUGGAAAUGCACAGGAUUUAAUCACGCGGAGCAUAACAACCGCCGUUGGGUCUGCAUGGGCUGGCCUUGGGCACGCGGCCGGUCGUGGAAAUCCAUAUGUUCUUGCGGUGUUCACGGCGAUCUUUAUGGUCCCUUGCAGUGAGUUGAGGCGUUCCUUUGUUUCAAAGCUGAUCAUCAUGCUCUGUUUCCCGGGAUGGAACGUAUCAACGGGAGUGCAUGAUUUUUUUUAACGUUGCAUUUAUUUUAAUUUUAUAGUGUUUAGAUUUACUUCCUCAUCGCAUCCGCGUUCCGGUCUCAUGGGUUGCAUAAGUUAUUCCGUGGUGUCUCUCAGUGCAUACACCCUUCAUGAUUCCACCAUAGACAUUCCUUCGCCAGCGAAAAUUGCCUGGACCCGAGGCGUCUCGUUGAUCGUUGGAAUAGUAUCAGCGGUGGUAGUAAACUGGGUGAUCUGGCCAUUCGUCGCGAGGCACGAACUUCGAAAAUCGCUAUCGUUCAUGAUGCUCAAUCUUGGGAUUUCUUACAGAGGUGUCGUUGCUAGGUAGAAUCUUCAUUUGUUCUCUGCUUUUCUUUUCCUCCCCAUUUUCAUUAAAUUACCGGUAAUCCGAGUAUUUAUCCUCAUAUUCACAUGCACAACUCGCACCUGUGCAGGCAUGCUAACACAAAAGCCCAUCCCCCAUCCGCCGUGCCGGUCGGAAUGGGCUUAUGAUUGUGCAGGUACAUCUACUACGAGGCCAGCUCUCAGCCAACAGAAGAGGAUCUCGACCGAUCCGAGACACAAGAAGCGAGAUUAAGGGAAGGCACGUGAUCCCGCACUAACCCCCAUGCAGAACUAAUUAGGAAUUAUUUAUCCUGCGCGUUUGAUUGGUCUGUUGUUUCUUUGGUGAUGGUACAAGUUGUGCUGAUUAUUCCGGCUUGGAAUUUCUUAUAGGAUUUGUCCGGAUGAGAGAAUUGCUGGAAAUGACUCGGCAUGAGAUUGUCAGCUCCUCCCCCUUUUUUUUGGACUUGUUUUGUCGUUUUGUCGUCGCUUCUACUCGUAUUCCAUCCCCUCCCCUAUUUCGUACAUGAUAUUAGUUGGGUUAUUUCGCACAGUACCAUACCCCAAAUUUGUUCAUCGCCAUACCAUACCAUACCCCCUGUGCCCCCCCCUCGCCAAACUAACAAAAACAGCGAAUCCGAGCCCCCUUCGAUCCAUCCCCAUACGCCGCGGCAAUAUCCUCCUGCGAGCGGUUCCUAGAGCACAUAGUCGAGGUCCGCCAAGCAAGUCUCUACUUUCAACCAUUCCUAUUCAAUGGUUCCUCCCCCUAUCCCGUCCCUACACCCUCUCCGAGCUGACGCAAUUAUCCGAAGGCUCCGAAGAAUUCACCAGAAAAAUGAUCCCGGUCCGUCGCGACGCGGUAGCUAGCAUUCUAAUGAACCUAUACAUCCUGGCCGGUGCACUCCGCGCUAAGCGGCCAGUGCCUAGGUACCUGCCUUCCGCGGCGGCGGCAAGGAAAAGGCUUUUGGAUAGGAUGGCGGAGAUUGAGAAGGAGAGUGAGAUGGAGAGGGUUGUUAGGCCCAGAAGUGGGGAGCGGGGGAGAAGGUGGGCGGAUGUUUAUCGUGAGGCCUUUUUUUUUUCCUUUUCACUUUCCCCCCCGAAUAUUAAUGGAGAGGCUAACGUAGGGGGGUUGGUAGAGUAUGCCUAUUCUUCGGCUUUGACGGAUAUUGUCGAGCAGUUGGAGCUGUUGCAGAGGUGUACCAAGGCGAUUACUGGGGAGAUGGCGUUAGAU